AUGACUCCACAAAAGACUGACAGGGUCAGAGGAUCAGCUCGAGGGUGAUGGAUCCUAAGCAGCCAGCAGCUGCAGGGACAGGGGCAGCAGCCGGGCACGGUGCGGCUCUGCGCGGCCCACACGACUGGAGGCCAUCUUCGGGUGAGGUGCUGAACACACCAGAAGCCACACCGUUGAUUCCCACAUGCAAGGAAGAAAAAUUACAGGAGCAGCAGUACUCUUUGGACAGCUCUCUGUCAUCCCCCGACAGUGAGGAUGAGGAAAAGGAGAAUAAGAAGAUAAAAAAGAAGAAGCUGAAGAAGAAGGCCAAGAAACGAAAGGCGUCAAGUUCCUCUUCCUCAUCUUCCUCCUCCUCCUCCUCCUCUUCUUCAAGUAGCUCAUCAGACAGCGAGGACAGUGAGGAUGAAAAGGAGAAGAAGAAAAAGAAGAAGAAAAAGGAGAAGGCGAGGAAAAAGACUACAGGCGAUGAUGCUUUUUCCGAAUCAGGAAGCCUCACCGAUGUGGCUUUCCCCUGUAGAGAGAUACAGGAGGAGGACCUGAAGAAGAAGUGUAAAGAGCAGAAGCUAGAUGGCUCUAGCUCAUCGUCAGACAGUGAGGAUGAGAAAAAGAAGAAAAAGAAGAAGAAAGAGAAAAAGAAAAAGAAAAAGAAGAACACCGCUAAGAAGUCUAAGAAGAAAAAGAAGAAGGAUUCCAGCUCCAGCAGCUCGUCCUCUGAUAGCUCCUCAGAAAGUUCCAGCGAAGAUGAAAAGAAAAAAAAGAAGAAGAUGAAGAAGAAGAAGGAUAACAGCAGCUCAUCAUCAGACAGCUCCAGUGAAGAGGAGGAGAAGAAGAAGAAGAAGAAGAAAAAGAAGAAGAAGACAAAGAGUAAAAAGGACAAGAAAGAUAAGAAAAAGGCUCAGGAGACUGAGGAGGGCGAGGAAAAAAUCGAAGAGGACAGCGUGAUUGGUGUUGCCUCCGAUGCUGCCUUCCCGGCUGGGACAGAGACCUGCCCCUCACUGAGAGACGACGAUGGACACCUGAGUGAUGACGAGGGAGAAGGGUCGGAGGGAAAGAAAAAAGAAAAGAAGUUAAAGAAGAAAAAGGACUCCGGCUCUUCCUCCUCAUCAGACAGCUCAUCUUCUUCAGACAGUGAUGACGACAAAAAGAAGAAAAAGAAGAAAGACAAGAAAAAGAAAAAGAAGGUGAGGAAGGAUUCCGGUUGCUCCUCAUCUUCAGAGAGCUCCUCGUCCUCUUCAGACAGUGAAGAUGACAAGAAGAAGAAAAAGAAAAAGAAGAAAGAUAAUAAGAAGAAAAAGAACAAGAAAAAGAAAGAAAAGGUCUGCAUUUUGCACAUUAAACGUUAGGAGAAGGAAGCAGAACCAGACAAAAAAAAUAACAUAUAAUGGCCACUCUCUCUCCAUCUAACAUAAAUCCACUUCAUUAUGCCUUAAGACAAGAAAAAGAAAGAAAUUAAGGUUAAUGUUACAUUUGAGUUUCUGAGACACUAUGAAGUCUAUGACACUCAAUACAUUACAAAUGCAGGGUGGAGCUGUUAAGGUAGGUUAAAAAGGUUAUUAGACGUUUCUUUUAAGUACAAAAGUAAAGAGGUUUCAAACAGUAAACUGCUCCGAUCCAAAAGCAAUCUUUCCCAACUCUGUCCCUUUUAAUGAGACUAUUACACCACUAAUAACAGGACAUCUCACAAAUUAUUAAACACCUUUCUACAGUGAAGAUAGCCUAUAGCACCUUCACGUGGUCUACAGUAUAGUCUCAUAAGCUACACAUAAAUCAACGGCAUGAUAUAACAUACACAUUUCUAUAAAUCGAAGGCAUGAUAUAACAUACACAUUUCUAUAAAUCGACGGC